AUGGCGGACCAAGAGGCAGCAGCGAAGCGAGCCGCGGGGCUGACAAAGCUCUUCAACGCUAUCAUCCACGGCCGUCGCGAUAUCAAGACGGCGGGUGAUGGUAAUCGGUUUUUGGAAGCAUUGUGUUCACAGGAAGACGCAUCGAAGUGUGUGGAGUGUCUGAUCACGUCUUCGGCAGGGUUAGCAGCGGUCUCUGUCGCCUUCAGGUUGACACGUGAGAGCACGUUCCUCAACGGCUUGGCAACCUCCGUCAUGUUCCGACUCUCCGAGCCAUCUGUCAAGCAACUCUAUGGCGGCCAGUUCCUGCAACGCGUCCUCGAACAAAUUGUGCAACCUCCUACAUUCUGGAAUACACUCGUUGAGGCACAUAAUGCUCGUGUGCUUUCCAGCGAUGCCACGCGUGCUUUCGCGUGGCUGUUACUAGAGCUGCUGUACGGUCGCUCCGAGGAUAUUCCAGACGUGCGCGACAUUGCAGAGCGCGUCACUAACAACGGAUCUUUCAUAAACUCAGACUCCCUGGAUGUUCGCAAUUUAGGGUACAAGAUCAAGCACGUCUUAGACAGCACAUCCGAUGAGUCCACCGACGGUCCGGGCGGGCGACACGACAAUGACUUUGCUCAAAUCCACAAGAUCAAGCUCCUACCGACGCCAGACGAAUUCGCAUCUUCCGAACAUCCUUUCUACAGACGUGCAGAUUCUAUCGCAUCUGCUGCACCGGAGAGCCGCGGUCUAACGCAUGUUGACAACCAAUUUCGCCUGCUUCGCGAAGAUCUUCUGGGUGAGCUGCGUAACGAUUUCCAGAUCGCUAGUGGUCAGAAGAAAGGACGACGAAAGAUAAUCCUCGAACAUCUGAAGUAUGCCGGUAUCGACUGCGGACCGGAGACGAAGCGCAAGCCUUGCUCGCUAAAACUUCUGUGCCCGGACGAUGUUCCACAACUGCGCAACGUCAGGGCCGUUGAUCGCAAGAAGUACCUCGCUGACCACAAAAACGUACUAAAGCAUCAGUCACUCGGCUGCCUCAUGAGCAACGGUAAGAUUAUCGCAUUCGCAACUGUGGACCGCGAUGAAGACCUGCUUGCUAAGCAACCUGCCAUCGUCGUGCUGCGAGUGGCCGACGCUAGCUCAUUUGGCAAGGUGUUGAUGGCAUGCAAUCUCGCCGCAGAUCUCUGCUUUGUGCAAGUAGAUACUGCUGUAUUUGCGUAUGAGCCUAUUCUCAAAUGUCUUCAGUCCUUGACCGAACUGCCACUGGAGGACCAGCUCCUCAGCCUCACCCCAAGUUCCACUGAAACAGUGUCUGGUAUCCAGCCGACCAAGACCAUCAACGCCAUUCGCGACCGUUGGGAAGAAGAUCUCCAAAACAUCAUUGGAAGUACACAUUCAAUCAAACUUGAUCAGGCCCAAGCAGACUCUCUGCUAACUGGUCUGCUAAAGAGAGUCAGCCUCAUUCAAGGCCCACCAGGAACUGGCAAAAGCUUCAUCGGCGCACUCAUCGCAAAGAUAUUACACGAUCAUACCAAAGAAACUAUGCUCAUCCUCACAUAUACGAAUCAUGCUCUGGAUCAAUUUCUGGACGACAUCCAAAAGGCCGGCAUCCCAGCUAGUUCGAUCGUGCGACUAGGAUCAAAGUCGAAUGCCAAUACCCGUGCACUCACCAUCAGAGAGCAGCCAAACAACUACAAGAUGACUAGACAAACAUGGGCCAUGAUCCAAGAACAAAAGGCAGAAGCGGAAUCUUACCAUGACGCCCUAAUCACAAAAAUGUCAUCAUUUGCUUCUACACGUCUCAGCGAACAGAUGCUUCUCGAUUUCUUAGAGUUCUCUGAUUAUUCGGAAUACUUCGAUGCGUUCGUUGUACCCAACAAUGAAGACGGCAUGACGGUAAUGGGGAAGAAGAACAAACGCGUCGACAAGUACUAUCUAGUCAAGAGAUGGGUCAAGGGUGAGAAUGCGGGUGUCUUUUCCGAUCAUGCAAUGCAAACAUACCCUCACGUUUGGAACGUCCAGCCGCAGAUCCGCCUUGGACUUCAAGUGCAGUGGAACAGAACGAUCCUCGAAGAACGAGUCACUGAGAUCAGCACGCUUGCCGACAAGUACAACAAGUGUCGUGCCCAGAUCGACCGAUUAUUCCGUGAGAAGAACUUCCACGUACUUAGUCAGAAACGCAUCAUAGGGUGCACUACCACGGCGGCAGCCAUGUACACCGACGAAAUUCGGAAGGCAUCACCUGGCAUCGUUUUAGUGGAAGAAGCUGGAGAGAUCCUAGAAAGCCAUAUACUCACAGCUCUGACUCCGACCACGAAGCAACUCAUCCUGAUUGGCGAUCACAAGCAGCUACGGCCUAAAGUCAACAACUAUGCCUUGACUGUAGAGAAAGGGGAUGGGUACAAUCUUAACGUCUCCCUAUUUGAGCGUCUCGUACUCAGCGGAGUUCCCCAUACCACCCUCAGCAAGCAGCAUCGUAUGCGUCCUGAGAUCUCAUCUCUUGUCAGAUCACUUACCUAUCCGGAAUUGGAAGAUGCUGAAAAGACUCAAGGUCGACCGGAUCUACGCGGGUUUCAAAGCAACGUCAUAUUCGUGUCACAUUCGCGCCCUGAGCUCAACGCAAUCCAGAUUGCCGACCGCCGUGAUGGUGGCGCAAACUCCAGUAAGGAGAAUUUGUAUGAGGCUGAGAUGGUGCUGAAAUGCGUACGAUACCUUAGUCAGCAGGGCUAUGGCACGGAAGACAUCGUGGUAUUGACACCUUACCUGGGUCAGCUGUACCUACUGGUCAAUACUCUGUCCAAGGACAACGACCCCAUCCUAAAUGAUUUGGAUUCUCACGAGCUGAUCCAAGCGGGUUUAAUCACACCAGCUAGCGCAAAUAUCUCCAAGCGCAAGCUUCGCAUAUCAACUAUUGACAACUACCAAGGAGAAGAAAGCGAUAUCGUCAUCGCAUGCCUUACACGAAGUAACGAUGGUGGAGAUAUCGGUUUCAUGUCUUCUCCUCAGCGUGUCAAUGUAUUACUUUCGCGAGCGCGAAAUGGUUUGAUCAUGAUUGGCAAUGCAGACACGUUCAUGAAUAGCCGUAAAGGCAAGGAAGUAUGGAUACCGCUUAUGGACCAGUUGAAGCGAGAUGGCCACGUUUACGAUGGCUUUCCAGUCAAAUGCGAGCAGCAUCCAGACAAAACCGCACUCUUGACUGAGAGAGAGCACUUCGAUACGGUUUGUCCAGACGGUGGCUGUUCUGAGCCUUGUGGCAAACUGCUCAACUGUGGCAUCCAUUCCUGUCCUCAUCGAUGCCAUCAGUUGCAGGACCACUCGCGGAUGAAUUGCAAAGUCAUCAUCUCCUCAAUCUGUCCCAGUGACCAUAAGACCACAAGAAAGUGCCAUGAUAAGGCCACGGCAUAUUGCCGGAAAUGUGAAGCCGAGGUGCGAGCGCGAGAGAAGAAACGACAACGGGACCACGAGCUAGACAAAGAGCGGGAGGCUAAGCAACACGCAUACGCCGCGCAACUAAUCGAGAUCGAGGAACAGAUCCAGCAUCAGAAGCGUGUUCUAAAAGAGCAGGCUGAGGACAGAGACCGACAGCAAGCGCUCGAGCAGAAGAAGCAGGAUCUUCGCAACCUGCAGGAGAGGACUCAAAAUCCUAGAAAGCCACCAGUUCCAGCAUUUUCAACAACUCAAACCACGACGACACCACCGAACGAUGCCUCAAGAAGACAAAGCGAGAAGGCACCGCCCAACCUGACGCCGGAUCACAGUGACAAGAGUACAGUCAACUCCAGAGCAACUUCGCCAGAUCGGAACCAGGACCAGGACCAAUCCGAUUGGGAUAAGAGUGAAGCAAGAGAUGAUUGGGAAUGGCAGAAGAGAUACGAGGGUGCAGAGAACGAUGCUCUCGACUGCCUGAUACCUAUGAUAGGGCUAGAGUCUGUUAAGCAGCAGUUCCUCGCGAUCAAAGUCAAAGUUGAUACAGUCGUGCGCCAAGGAGUAUCGCUCAAGGGAGAGCGCUUCGGUGCAGCCCUGCUAGGCAAUCCUGGAACAGGGAAAACGACAGUGGCUAGACACUACUCCAAGUUUCUAGUGAAGGUAGGAGCUCUCCCUGGUGACCAUUUCAUUGAGAGCUCUGGAUCAGCUCUCGCGAACGAUGGCGUAUCCGCUUGCAAAGCCCACAUCGAUAAGAUACUCGAAGAAGGCGGUGGUGUGUUCUUCAUCGAUGAAGCAUAUCAGCUGGUAUCUGGGAAUAGUCCUGGUGGCAAAGCAGUGUUGGACUAUCUGCUUGCCGAAAUUGAGAACCUAACCGGCAAAGUUGUCUUUGUGCUGGCGGGCUACCACAAGCAAAUGGAAGCCUUCUUUGCUCACAACCCCGGCAUCCCGAGCCGUAUACCAAUCCGAAUGGAGUUCCAAGACUACGAAGACCGCGAAUUGCAACAGAUCUUCUGCCAGUACAUAGAUAAGAAGUAUCAUGGGCACAUGAAGAUUGAAGGCAGUAUGAACGGCCUCUACGUGCGUAUCGCCGCGCGACGCAUCGGCCGGGGUCGGGGCCGCGAUGGCUUUGGUAAUGCUCGUGAAGUCCAGAAUAAGAUCGCACAGAUUACUGAGCGCCAAGCCAGGCGACUGCGGAAAGAGAGACGAGCCGGCAAGAUGCCGAAUGAUCAUAUUCUCACUAAAGAGGAUUUGAUAGGGCCAGAGCCUUCGUCGGUGCUCAAGAAUAACGCCACAUGGAUAAAGCUGCAGAAGCUUACCGGCUUGGCCUCCGUCAAGGAGUCGGUACAAGUUCUUCUUGACGGGAUACAGAUGAACUAUCAGCUCGAACUGCAAGAGAAGCCCAUCAUCCAAUACUCGCUUAACCGCUGCUUCAUCGGCUCCCCAGGAACAGGCAAGACUACCGUAGCCAAGCUCUAUGGCCGCAUUCUGGCUGACAUUGGGCUUCUUUCCAACGGUGAAGUUGUUGUAAAAAGCCCAGCGGAUUUUGUCGGCAGUGUGCUAGGGGGCUCGGAAGCUAACACGAAAGCCAUCCUGGCGUCCACUGUCGGCAAAGUUCUCAUCAUCGAUGAGGCUUACAUGUUGGCUAGUGGUGCUGCUGGUGAUCCCUACAAAGCCGCAGUCAUCGACACCAUCGUUGCCGAAGUCCAGAGCACUGCAGGUGAAGACCGGUGCGUACUCCUGUUGGGAUACAAGGACCAGAUGGAAGAGAUGUUUCGAGACGUCAACCCUGGCCUCGCAAGGCGAUUCCCGCUGGAGUCUGCGUUCGUCUUUGAAGACUUCAACGACACUGAGAUCCGUCAAAUCUUUGACUUUAAACUCAAGGGAAUCGGGUUCAAUGCGACAGACCAAGCCAAGAAGGUCGCUAUGGAAGUUGUACAGCGUGCGCGUAACCGUCCAAACUUCGGCAACGCAGGCGAAGUCGAUAUCAUCUUAGAUCGUGCGAAAGCAGUACACCAGAAGCAUAUCACUUCCGCCAAAGUGAAGCAGUUUGGCGUGUUCGAGGCUAUCGACUUUGACCCGGAUUUUGAUCGCGGUGAGCGUGCAGCUACUGAACUUUCGGCCCUAUUUCAAGAUGUAGUAGGAUGCGGAGAACUCGUCAAACAAUUUCGAGGCUACCAAACCACCGCGGCCAAUAUGAAGGCUCUCGGGAUGGACGCUAGAGAACAGCUGCCUUUCAGCUUCCUCUUCAAGGGACCGCCCGGUACUGGCAAGACUACUACAGCUGCAAAGAUGGGCAAGAUCUUCUACGACAUGGGCUUCCUCAGUCAGGCGAAGGUUGAGGAAUGUUCCGCUACCGAUUUGAUCGGACAGUAUGUGGGCCAGACUGGACCAAAAGUGCAGAAGCUGAUGGAGAAGGCUAUGGGUAAAGUGCUCUUCAUCGAUGAGGCAUACCGGCUUGCAGAAGGCGGGUUCGCCACUGAAGCGAUGGACGAGCUCGUCGACUGCCUGACCAAACCAAAGUUUGCGCAGAAGCUCGUAGUUAUCCUAGCCGGCUAUGACAAGGAUAUCGAUCGACUGAUGAGCAUGAACCCUGGUCUUACCAGUCGCUUCCCCGAAACGGUCAUGUUCAAGCAUCUCAACCCGGAGAUAUGUCUGGAGCUCCUUGUCAAAGAUCUGCAGAAGAAAAAGAAGAAGGUGUCACUUGAUCUCUCGGUCAUUGAUACGCCAACACCGGAACUACAACGACAACUGCUGCAGCUCUUUGGCAACUUAUCAGUACUGGAAUCGUGGGGUAACGCUCGCGACGUCAAAUCGCUCGCCAAGAGCAUGUUUCAAGCACUCGUCUCUACGGCUGUGCUUCCGAUCACUAGUCUUGUGCUGACGGAGACGGUCGUUAUCCAAACCAUGGAAAAGAUGUUGGAGGAGCGUUCACGACGAAACGCCGCUGUGGGCACGAGCCGUUUCGACCAACCAAUGCCUCUACGUUCGAUGCCACAGCCACAGACGCAGAACCCUGCGCCACCAGCUGCGCGAGGCCCAGAGAUCGCGACGAACACCGCCCCACCACCAGCUGUACUCAACACGGACAAGCAAGAAGACAAACCGAAGUCGACUGAGGAGAAAUUCGAACCCGCAGCAGAGCCGGAAGACCCUCUCGACUCCAUCUUCCAAGCCAAACGCGACCCUGGAGUUUCCGACGAAGUAUGGGAGCAACUCGAGCGUGAUAAACACGCCAUGGUCGCCAAGGAGCGCGAAUUUCGUCGCAUGCAAGUAGAAAAGCGACAGUAUGAAGAGCGUAUCAAGGAGUUCAUCCGUGCGGAGAGGGCCGCUGCUGAUGAAGAGGAGCGACGUAUUCGCGAGCAAGCGCGCAUCGCAGCUGAACUGGAGAGACGGCGUCGCGACGAGGAGUUGGCGGCUAUUGAGAAGAAGCGACAGGAAGAGAUGGAAAGGCAGAAGAAAUUGAAGGUUUUGGGGCCUUGUCCGAUGGGGUAUAUGUGGAUCAAGCAGGCUAGUGGGUAUAGGUGUGCGGGUGGGAGUCAUACGCUUUCUGAUGCUAGUAUUGAUGCGUUUUGUCGCUGA